GCUCGUCAUUGGGAGCGGGCGUCUCGCGCUGCCUGUGUGUGCAUGACUAGUUUCACGCAUCUCUCAAAGUGUUGUCUGUUGUAAGACAAGUCAAAUGAGUCGUCCCAGUUAAGCGCGCAAGCUAGGUGUGGGCAGCGGAUAAUUAGUCCCGAUUGAGAGCUAGUUAGUUGUAGCAGCGCAGUCCACCUCGAGCAACAACGCCGACAAAAUGCAGCCGCUCCGACCUACACUCACCAGAUUUAUCGCCAGCACUUUUACCUCAAAGGCACACCGGACGGCUUCCUCCACGGCUACCAACUUCAGCGUCCAGCCGCAGCCCAAGCAGCAGCAGCCGCAGCAGCCGCAGGUGCCCAAAGCGGCCGUCUCGCGUGCCCGCCUCGCGCGUCACCUCGAACUGACCUGGCGACAGGGCAGCGCCUCCCACUUCCCGCUCACCUGGCUCAGGGACAACUGCCAGUGUCCUCACUGUUAUCACCCUGAAUCCAAGUCGAGGACCGUCGACUGGGCCACCUGUGACGUCACGAUUAAGCCUAAGGACGUGCAGGUUUCCGACGAUGGCAAAACGGUGAUUGUGGAUUGGUUGGACGCGCACAGCUCGCGAUUCAGCGCCGAGUGGCUACACGAGCGGCGCUUUGAGGAGGACGCCAGGAAAAAGUGGCUGUCGACCUACAAGCAGAAGAAGCAUAUCUGGGGCUCAGCCCAAGAGGAAAAUUUUCCUAGAAAAAGAUUCAACUUCAGUGCUGUAAUGAGCACGGACGGGGACCUGCUGCAGUGGCUGUUGGAGCUCGAGAUGCGAGGAGUGGCCAUCCUCGAAGGAGCCGACGGCGACGAAAACACCGUCCGCAAACUAGCCGAAAGGGUGGCGUUCAUCAGGCGCACCCACUACGGCGAGGAGUUCAACGUCAAGUCAAAAUCAGAUCCCAGCAACGUGGCGUACACGGAGCAGGCGCUGCAGCUGCACACCGACCUGCCUUACUACGAGUAUAAACCAGGGGUAAACAUGCUUCAUUGUCUGGUGCAAGCCCAGGGAGAAGGCGGGGAAAACCAACUGGUGGACUCCCUGAGGGUGGCCAUGCAGCUGAAGCAAAACAACCCUGAGGCGUACAAGGCGCUCACUACCGUGCCAGUAGAUUGGUCAGACCGAGGGGAGGAGGACGGCAGACCGUUCCAGAGCCUCCACAGAGCGCCAGUUAUUUGUGAGGACGCGGAAGGGAACGUGGUCAGAGUAAAUUACAGCCAGCCGCAACGAGACUCGUACUUCUCGGUGCCGCUUGAGCAGGUGGACGGCUGGUACGUGGCUCUCAAAGAGUUUACGCGACUGGCACUCAGCGACGACAACUGCGUCCAGUAUAAAACAAAACCAGGCGAAAUAUUGAGUUUCGACAAUCUGCGCAUCCUGCACGGUCGCAGCAGCUACUCGCCGGCCGUGAACCAGAUCUACGAGCGCCACAUUGUCGGCGCCUACCUCGACUGGGAUGAAAUCAGGUCUCGCAUCAGAGUGCUCAGCCAGCAGGAACCAACUCCCCUUGCUCACUAGCUUCCGCUACCCUGCACUCACUGAUGGCCGAUUGAUUUACAACCUGCAGCAAUUCCGUCUGCAGCAUUCAUCAUUCUAAUAACAUUCACGAUAUGAUGUGAUUGUGUAUAUAUAUGAAUUUUACUUAUUUUUCCUGUCUCUCUAUCAAUUUUUCCAUUUUACUAUUGAGUUAUGAGUAACAUUAAUUUUAGGUUGGUUAACUUUGUAUUGCAUGGAAAGAUGGAACGUGCAAUAAAAUUAAAAGCUUCA